CGAAACCGAGCUCCCGCGGCAAAGAGAGAGUGUUAGAGAAAGAGAGAGAGAGAGAGAGAGAUGUCCGGCGGAAUCGGAAAAUGCAGCAAGAUCCGGCACAUCGUGAGGCUCCGGCAGAUGCUCCGAAGGUGGAGACGAAGGGCGGCGGGGGAGUACUGGCCAUCGGAUGUACCGGCGGGGCAUGUGGUGGUGUGUGUGGGGAGUAGCCGUCGGAGAUUCGUUGUUCGUGCGGCUCAUCUCAACCACCCGGUGUUCCGUCGACUCCUCGCCCAGGCUGAGGAGGAGUACGGCUUCGCGCAUGCCGGACCUCUCACCAUCCCUUGCGAUGAGUCUCUCUUCGAGGAGAUCCUCCGUCACAUCGCCUCCCCGUCGUCGCGGUUCGCCUGCUUGGAAGAUCUCCAGAAGUGCGGGUGUUGCCAUGCUGGCCUUCGACCCGCUUGGCAUGCGGAGUCGCUGCCGCUCCUCGGUGCCUUCGCCGAGAAGCCAGUCUGGUGAUCGAGAGAACCGAUGGCACGAUCGUGAUUCAAAUUCGAAUCCAGGGGUGUUUUCGGAACUAAAAAAAAGCCUCACAUAGGGUUUGGUGGGCUUUUUGAAUUUUUAUUUUUAUUUUUAUUUUA